UUAAUUAAGCAGGAGAAACUUUUGUAAUUUAUGGCUGAGUCUCGUUGUCCCGGUUUGAACAAGAAACACGGCUUUCUCAAGGUUAUAGAGAGAAACCAAAUUUUUAGAGACAACUACAACAGCACAGAGAAAGAGGGAGCUGAUGAAAAAAGGCAAAGGGCGGAGAAAAUGACGUUCGAAAACGAAACGCUGUCUAAAGACAGACAGACGCCAAGCAAGCGUUCAGUACAGUUGUACGUGCCUCCAGGAAGAAGAAAAAAAGACUCAUGUGAAGAGCAGAAAUUAGACGAAAGAGGAGGCGUUUCAGGCACUCCAAAGGAGGAGACAGACACUAGACAGGAGAUUUCGACGUUGGAAUCAAGAGAAGCAGAUUGCACGUCGACGGAAGGAGGGAGUGGCAAGAAAAAGGCAUCUCGAGGGGAGAGAAUCCGAACACCGUUGUUUGUCAUGGAAGUGGAAUUGGAGAAUGGCAAAUGGAAGGCUUUUGUUGUACAUAAGGAGGACGAUCCUAGGAAGAUUGCUACCAAGUUUGGUGGGAGACACAAUUUGUCGGACAGCAUUCAGAGAGCUCUCGAGUACAAGGUAAGACAGGAAAUAGAUAGGAAACUAACUGUAUAGUAGGGACAUGAAUCAGAAUGUAUACAGUCUACUUGCUACCAUAAUCUAGGCAUGGUACACAUUAUUAUGUAUUGUUUUCAGAAGAAGAUUUUGUACAGUAUC